AUGUGUCUGUGGCUACUGACUGCUUGUUUAGGACUUUUACCCAAUGGCCCUACGCAACAAGCGCAAAUUAUAAUAGUACAGGGUGUACCCACACCAAUAUUACAGCCAACGACAGCAGCGACUGCAGCCACACCAGCUCCCACUACCGCUACGACUGCAACAAUGAGUACUCAAACAAUGGCUCCUACAGCAGCACCAACCACCGCUAGUACGGCCAGACCAACAACCCCAACAACAAUGACACCAGCGCCAACAAUGACUACUCAAAGCUCUACAUCAAUGACCCCAACGACUGCGAGACCUACCUCUCCUGGUAAUAUAAUAUCAACAAUAACCAGCUUACCAACUUCUAACCCAACCAUAACAACACCACAAACUAUUAACACAAGUUCGACGCCAUCAACCAUUAAAUCAAACACAUCUGGGGGGAUGGAAACCAUUGUUUUAGUCUGUGAUAAUCCCGAUGCGAUAUGUGUUUCUAAUCCUGACGACAAUACCGCAGGGCAGUUACCGAUCGAUCCUCGACUUGGGUCCACGCCGGCAGCACAAUUUCGACUACCGCCGAUCAGUGGCUACAAUGCACAAAACCCAUCUUUUGACACGGCUGUCAAAUUUCCAAGAGAGAAGAGAAGUAUCGAUGAGUAUUCAAAGAAAAUUGCACAAUACGUCUACGAUUCGUCUGAACACAGAAUUCGCAAAAGACAAAGUAGCUGUCGUUGUGUGCCAGCUGGGACUUGUGUUAAGACCACAAAUGGCAAUGGAAUGAUUGACAUAAGAAUUGUGACACCGACGGCUAUGCCAUGUCCAGCGGGCCAGGAGAACUGCUGUGGAAGUACGACGUCAACCAUUGCAUGUGGAACCCUGCAAACAUCACCCUCACCUGUAGUAACACCCGCCGCUGGUCAAGCAAACUUUGGGGAAUAUCCAUGGCAGGCACUUAUUCUAACUAAACAGAACGAUUAUAUCGCUGGAGGUGUUUUGAUUGAUCAACUUAACGUGAUAACAGUGAUCCAUAGACUAUCAACCUAUGUUGUGUCUGGAACGGCUCCUAAUGUCAAAGUUCGUCUUGGAGAAUGGGACGCCGCUGGCACUUACGAACCGGUACCCUUCCAGGAAUAUACAGUGGCGAAAGUGUUCACCCAUCCCUCAUUUAACCCUAAUACUUUGCAAUAUGACAUCGCUGUCCUUCGGCUGACAGCAGCAGUGCCUCUCACGCCCAUGGUCGGAUCGGCUACUACUAUUAAUAGAGCAUGUCUUCCGCCGAGCUCGACUACACAAUACACAGGUCAAAGAUGUUGGGUAUCCGGAUGGGGCAAAGACAUGUUCGGCAUGCAGGGCCAGUUCCAGCAGAUCCUCAAAGAAGUAGACGUUCCCAUCGUGGCUCCAGGUACAUGCCAAUCACAGAUGCAGACCGCACGCCUCGGUGCAUCUUAUGUGUUGGACACAACCUCGUUUAUUUGCGCUGGUGGUGAAGCUAGCAAGGAUUCUUGCACUGGUGACGGAGGUUCCGGCCUAGUGUGUCAAGUGCAGGGUCAAUGGGUGGUGGUGGGGCUCGUCGCGUGGGGUCUCGGCUGUGCUAACGCAAAUGUACCAGCCGCUUACGUCAACGUAGCUGCUCUCUUACCCUGGAUACAGCAACAAGUCGCCACUGCAUAG